UCCGUAGACGUUGCAAAUACAAUAUUUUUUCCGUUUCUUUUGAUCCCUCCCUAAUCCUAUCUAGAAGAUUCUAAUUGUAUGCAAUGGGAGAAUGAGAAACCAAAAUUUAGGGGAAACAGCAAAACCAUCGUCCGUUCUUAGUUUCAUUUUUCGAGUUCCCGCUUUAUGGGCUCUCUAUGUCUCUAGCACAUUAAUUAAUUAAUUGUAGGAGUGGCCAAAAUAAUAAAGAAGCAAAUAACUCAAGUGGCAAAGUCUACAGAGAGGGACGAUAAUACAAGAAUACAUUCUCAGACAGCCGCAGUGCAAAAGCAGUUUGACCUAAAAGUGAAAAAAUAUAGCUUUUGCGUUCGGUUGAGGAUUUCAUGCUAAUAGUAUGUGGGGGUGAAAAUGUUGCACUGUGUUGGGGUAUCAAAUUUGUGAAAAGGCAGAAGCUUCCCGUUUCUGUGUUGUAAGAUUCAGGGAACUACAAUAAUUGAGUUUUGAUUUCAACUUACCCAUGGAGUGCAACAAGGACGAAGCUCUGAGAGCUAAACAAAUUGCUGAAAAUAGAAUGCAAUGUGGUGACUUUGCAGGGGCACUGAAGUUUGCCAUGAAAGCUCAAAGACUGUUUCCUGAGAUCCAGAACAUUACUCAAAUCCUUACUGUUUGUGAGGUUCACUGUGCUGCACAGAACAAACUCUCCGCGUCUGAUAUGGACUGGUAUGGAAUUCUUCUGACCCAGAGAUUUACUGAUGAAGCAACUAUAAAGAAACAGUAUAAGAAGCUGGCACUGCUACUUCAUCCCGAUAAAAAUAAAUCUGCUGGGGCAGAGGCUGCUUUCAAGUUGAUUGUGGAAGCUAACAGAGUAUUGAGCGACCAAACCAAGCGUUCUUUAUAUAACAAGAAGAUUAGAGGUCCUGCUGUAACUACAGCACUGAAGGUUCCACCCCAUACUCAGAAUUCAAAUCAGCGGGAUGCGCAGCAGACAUUUUGGACAUCUUGCAAACAUUGCAAAACUCAGUACGAGUAUUACAAAUCCAUUGUAAAUGCUACCUUGCGUUGUCAACAAUGUUCUAAACCCUUUACAGCUCGUGACAUGGGCUUCCAGGGUGCACCACCAGGAAAUACACCGUCGUCAUUUAAUGAUCGUAAAGGUCCUCAAAACCAUGUGCCACCAAAAGAAGCAUCGAAAAGUAACGGUGGAAAACCUCAUGGUAAAGGACCGGAGGACAAAUUUCCGCAGUCUUGUCCUGUAUCUAUGACAAAAUGUACUGCUGGAGAUGGAGUCUCUUGUAAAGUUCAAAAGAGUAAAGAUGACCAUGGGACUGCAGGAGUGACAAAGGCUGGUGCCGGAACUUCCAACCCUGCUACAUCCAAAGCUAAGCAAUCACAAACCCCGACAAAUGUUGGAAGUAAGAGAGCAAGGCAGUCAGCAUCGGCAGAUUUUAGAGAUGAUAACAAGGCUGGAAAUGGUAAUGGCAUGAAAGAUAGCAAUGUUCAAGAAAAGGGAGUUGAUCCUUUUGUCUCUGACGCAGGAGUCCACUCUAGGAGAUCUUUCAGGACAAAGCAACAUGUUUCAUACACAGAAAAUGCUGGAGGCACUGAGUUUGAGAGUGCUUCCAAAAGGCCACGACAAGAUGAAUCAUGUAAGGACAUUAAAGUGGAGAAAAGAGAAGUGUCUUCAAGUGGCGGGUUGUUCGAUACCACAAGUCCAGCUAGUUUCACAGCUGAUGUGGCUGGUCAGAAUGGAGAGAUGAGAAAUAAAGCAAAUGCCCAACCUGAAAAAACAGUUUUAAGGAAUAAAAUGAAAGUUGAGCAAUUGAAUCUGCAGAGAAAGGAGACGUCCAAGUUGGAUAUUGAUGAUAGAAAGGCCAAAGCUGAUGAUUCUCUACUGAAAUCGAAUCCCACUCCCGAUAUUAUUUGCUGUCCUGAUCCAGAAUUCAGUGAUUUUGACAAGGUUAAGAAAGAGGAAUGUUUUGCUGAUAAUCAAGUCUGGGCUAUUUAUGGUUAUGCUGACUGUAUGCCAAGAUUCUAUGCUCGCAUCAGGAAGGUGCACUCCCCUUUCAAGCUGGAGUAUAUUUGGCUGGAACCUAAUCCAGAUCUCAAAGAUGAGAUUGAUUGGUGUGAUGCAGAUUUGCCUGUUGCCUGCGGUAAGUACAAACUCGGCCAUCGUCAGAUAACUAAAGAUGUUGGUAUGUUUUCUCACCAGGUGCGUUGCAUUAAAAGUUCUAGAGGUUCGUAUCUGGUAUAUCCCAUGAAGGGAGAAACUUGGGCAAUUUUCAGACAUUGGGAUAUAGGAUGGAGUUCCAAACAAGAAAAGAAAUCAGAAUUUGAAUUUGAAUAUGUGAAAGUCUUGUCUGAUUUUGAUGGGAUUGAUGGUGUUAAAGUUACUUAUCUGAGUAAAGUGAAAGGGUUUGUUAGUCUCUUUCAGCAAACAGUGCAGAAUGGAAUUGGCUUAUUUUGUGUUCCACCUAAUGAAAUGUAUAAGUUUUCACAUCAGGUUCCUUCAGUUAAGAUGACCGGUAAAGAAAGGGAAGGUGUUCCAAGAGGAUCAUUUGAACUUGACCCUGCUGGCUUGCAUAAGAGUGUUUUUCAAGUUAGUGAUCCUGGUGAUGGGAAGAUGGAGGAUGGAAACUUAAACAAUGGGGUUACUUCUUGCCAGGGAUUCUCUGAGGGUAAAGUUGAACAGGCACUGUCUAAUGAGAAUAUCCACAAAGCAAAGUUGCGAGAGAGUAAUGGUCCUGAAAUAGUUUCACCAAUCAUUAGAAGAUCACCAAGGUCAAAUGCAAAAAGUAUGGACAAUGGUCAUGCAAGCACUAGUGAAUAUUUGGUCAGAGACGAUGAUAAAAACACUAGCAGCAGGGACCACGGUCAACCGGAGGGUAGUGAAGCUGCUGCAUGCCAAACCAAUGAGAAUUUCAAGACUCCACAGAAACACGAGAAGAGAAAUUAUCAAGGUGAGGCGUUGACAGUUCGAAGGUCGCCUAGAGAUUUAAGCAAGAAAAACGAUAUACAAGGUGCUGGUGAAUGUACAACAGACAAGUUGACUGAUGAUCGUUCUAACACUAACAAUAAUAUUAAGGAAAAUGUGUUUUCUCAGUCGGUUGGAAGUGAUCGUGCUUGUUUGAAAAAAGAUUCCAGAGUUGUGGGAUCUUGUUAUGACUUUAAGAAGGAAAAAUCUAGGGAAAUGUUUCGGUGUGGUCAGGUAUGGGCAAUAUAUGGCGAUGGGGAUAAUAUGCCUGAUGUUUAUGUUCAAAUCAAGAAAAUUGAAUCCACCUCUAAUUUUAGAUUGCACGUUUCCGAACUUGAACCCUGCUCGCCACUAAAAGGUUUGAAGCGAACAAUAUCUUGUGGCUCCUUCAAAAUUAAAAAUGCCAAACCCCAUAUUCUUUCUCUCUCUGCAUUCUCUCAUCAACUAAAUGUUGAACCCAUGGAAAAUAGUAUAUAUGAAAUUUACCCUAGAAAAGGCGAGAUUUGGGCACUAUAUCAGGACCAGAACUAUGAACUUCCUUCUUCAAAUCAGGGCAGAGGCAGAGGUAAAUGUCAUUUAGUAGAAGUAUUAGCAGAUAAUGACAAGAAUAUCCAAGUUGUUAUUCUGGUGCGUCUUAGUAACUCUCGGCCAAUUUUCAAGGCUCCCAUUAUCCGUCGAUCUAAGAACGGUAUAAUUGAUGUAUCAAGAGAAGAGGUUGGUAGAUUUUCACAUCAGGUUCCUGCUUUUCAGCAUAGUGGGGAAGACGAUGUUCAUCUCAGAGGUUGUUGGGUGGUUGAUUCUUCUUCAAUGCCUUGUUUUUGAUACCCGUAGACUUAGUAGUAUAGCCUUUUUAUUCUGUGUCUCUCAUUUAGUUAAUUGUGAACUUGUUUUCUUAUACAAUUUAACUAGCUAUUCAACCAAGUAUGAAGAAUGUUGUGGAAAUGUGUUGAAAAGAUUUUCAUGUUCUAUAUUUUGAUCACUUAGUUGUUCCCGUUAAA